UUUUCGUCUGCACUAGUAGUUUGUUUGGAAAUGGAAACGAAACGUGCGAGCGCGAAUUGGUGCAAAUGAAUUAAACAGCCCACGCCUGUUACUGUUAGUACUUUGUACUUUUUAGAUAAAAUUAUUUCUACAUACUAGGAUAAUUGGUACAAGAUUCAUCUCUUUUCUAUUGUCCGUAUGGAUAAAUCAUUUACGUUGAGCAACAGCCCAUCACCAGUGAAGAAAUCUGGAAAUGCUCAGCGGGCAUUUGAAUUAGCGGGUGAGUUGUAUAGUCUUGUGCAACAAUGGUACCUUUUAAUAUCCACUGGCAGAAACAUCAUAAACAACAUUUUACAGCUAAAAGCUGUAUCAUGGAACAAUCCAGAACUUUCUGUGAGCAACAAUGAAUUAGAAUCCCAAUGUGAUUUACUUGGAUCAGUUGUUUGUGAAAUGGAAAUGCUUCCCAAACAAUUAGAGAAAAUAAGAGAUCAAUAUGUGGCACUAGAAAAACUUGGAGAACUGCAACAAAAGAUGGGAUCAAGUACAAGUGAUUCUUCCACAUUUGUUCUGUUUCUCACUUGGUCAACUUCUAAAUUUGUUGCAGUUGUCACCUUAAUUAAAGAUGCUUUUGCCAAAGAGCUUCAAGUGAAAAAAUGUAUUGCAGAAAAUGUAGCUCAUUGCCAGCAAAAACAAAUGCUUGACUUGCAUAAAAUAAGUUGGGUUCAUCAAGUAUAUGUAACUCCUGAUGUUAAACUCCAAUUAGAAUCACUUUUGGUUGAAACUGGUCAGCGCUGAAGGAAAUUUAAUUGCGUUUGAGGUCACACCCAAGACGUUCUAUCUCUUCGGCAAAAAAUUCCAUAUCAUCGAUAGUGACAGCAGAGCUUUGCAAAACAAGGCGGAAAAAGUUUGGU